CAGCGUUCCAGGGGGUUCCGUGGGAGGCCGCCGAGCCAACGCAGGGCCAAAAGCGCGCCCGAUCGGCUUUGGCUCAGUGCCGUCGGAAACUGUGGCGCGUACGGACCGCGCGUCCGAUUCGGUUAUCGCGUGCUCGACCACAUUCUGCAAAACUGCAGGACUGCAGCUUUGCUUUGCGCAUCAUCCCAGACAGGUCGCCUCCUUGUGUCACUCUGGUGGCGGAAGUGCGUGAAAAACUCAUCGCUAUGUGAUGUACACAGUACGGCGUCGAGUGCUAGCGAUGAUCAUUCUGCUAAAGUGCAAUGUGAUGGCCAUCGAUAAUAAGCCAAUUGUGGAAUGUCUUUGCGAAUGUGCUGGUGUGUUGCCAGUGGAAAGCAUUUGAAUGUAUGAAUGUAGGUGUUUGGGAGUACUGGAACAUGCCAAUUUAAUGUAGGUAGCUGUUUGGCACAUCGUACAGCACGCUCCACAGCUUCGAAAUAGCUGCACAUUGUGAAACUUGUGAAUUGGAUAUCUUGAUAACUGCUGGAAUUGGACAAAAUUGCUAUAGUUGUAACAUCAUUUCGAAGAAGCAAUUGAGCAGAAGGAUGAUGCAAUCUUACAGUGUACAGGCCGUAGAAUAGCUUCCAACUAUCGUCAUUCUAAAUCCGUUAAUUUCCAACUAAAGCUAGUCGAUGCUAUAAUGUAAUGUAGCGCUUCUCAACUUUAUCGAUUUGCUAUAGGCUAAAGGUUUCAAACGCGAAAAAAGAUAAACGAAAUGAAUAAAACAACUGCGCUGAGCAUAAUGAAGCACUGAAACUAUUCGGUCAUUAAGAGCUUCCGAUGUGGCGCAAGGAACUGUGGACAAAAUACAAAAGAAAAUUCACUCAGCCCAGCAGAUAACCAUUCUUAAGCCUCGUAAAAGUAUUGCACGCCACUCGGUACAGCGGUCGGUACAUCGGUAACAAAUCUGGCAAGGUCAAUCGUCCGUUUGUGACCUUCAUCCGCCCUCGGCGAGGUAGCGGGCGGACGGCCCCUGUCCUGCAACGAUGAAGGUGGACAAGGGCGUGUGUACCAACGGCACACUGGAGGAUCUGAACAGGGCCAUUCAGUUCGAGGCCGUCUUUUCGACGCUGGUCGAGAACAAGAUACUGGCCAUCAAGCGCGAGUGCGAGCUAAAGAAACGCCACAAAAAGUCGCGCCUCCUGCGGCGUAUCCUUUUCGGGCGGAAGAUAUCAACGGGUGGAGCGGGCGGAAGCGGCUGUUGCCAUCGGGAGGUUUCCGCUAGCAAUAGCAAUAGUAGCGAUGGUGCAAACGCGGCCAUCGAACCGUUAUGUCCAGGUCAUAAUGGAACGGCAGGAAGCGUGGACCGUCAGCAGCGGGAAGGUCUCGAUGCCGGUUGCUACACCUAUGGGAGUGCGAUGCCGGAAGCGAGCCUUGGGGUGGAAAACUCCACCAUUAGCGACGGAGUUGAUGAGGUUAUCGUCGAGAUCGGCGACCUUUCGUCGCUGGUCGAUGCCGAUGGGAAUGUGGUUGUGGCAACAACGAGUGUGGAACCGGCCGUGCUUGUCGAGGAGGGUAGUUCGCCGCAGGUGAGUGCGCCAAAUCGAGCUUCUGGUGCGUCCCGGAUAUCCGCCGCCGAGUCGAGCUCAACGAAAAGUCCCGAAUCGCUUGAAAAUCGUAAAGGCAGUGGUCGUACGUUGGCUAACGCACCACGGAAGUCCUCUCUGCUGGAACCGGUUUCUAUCGAGAUCGAGCCCGAAUCGGACCCACUCAGCGCUCACUACGAUUUGGAAGAUAGUGCUACGAAUGUGUCGAUCGAGCUGGAUGGUGUUAGCGAUGUGUCGGAUAUGCGGCGCAGCAUUGCCUCGGAACCUAUAUCCAUAAUCAAGAACUCGACUCGAUCGCGGUACGGAUUGGGAUCGUAUCUGUCCGCCGGCAAUGCCGUUGCCAACCGACUGCGCGUACUCGAAGCGAAAUCGAUCAGCGCCCAGAACAGCCCCAUACUGCCACGCCAGAAGCCAGCGGCCGAAGGACGCCACCUGACAUUCAGUACGGCCACCUACCAGCAGCCAAAGUCGUCGACCAAAGCGAGCGCCAUCGACUGUGAUACCUCGUUCGUGGUGGAUCUCAGCCAGUCGGAUCGGGAUCAGGAACAGCAACAGCAGCAACAGCAGCAGCAGCAUCAGCACAACAACUCCACUGUGAUAGGGAAGGACAAGCCGACCAGCCAGGUGGCUAGCGGCGGCAAAAAGUCAGCACUAUUUCUAGGCGAUAAUAGCAGUAGUAGUAGCGCUAGUAAGAGAAACAAAUUAACGCAACCCCAUAACAGUAACCAUUCUGCUGGUGCAGUGUCCAUCGGUCGGGCCGCCCAUUCGGCACAGCAACAGCAGCAGCAGCCGCAGCAGCAAGAGGCGCCGUCUUCGCCUCCACUCGGACUCAUCGAAAGCUUUAACCAGCUGACGGCAUCCAAUCUACCUGUGAUAGCAUCUACCGCACGACAUUCACCGCCGGUUAGUGAUCUGGUGAAGCUGCAACAGCACCACCUUACCAAUACUCGCCAGCAGCACCAUCGGCCCUCAUCACCGUCGAUCCUGCUCGACUCCCUCUGCCGGGGUGAAACGCAUCCGCCAGCCGAUGGUCACACACCCAUCCCUUCCAGACGGGCUAGCAAAGGAUCGGCUGUAGCUCCCAUAGCUGGCGAAGGCGUCUCGGAUGCAGUUUCGGGCACCUCCGCAGGUGCAAUGCAACCCUUAACCGCAAGCUUAGCUCAACCGAACCAGCAACAAACCCAGCGCAAGCAGCGUAGCUUUCUCAAACAAUCCAGCUGUGACGUUGAGCUGCACUAUCGGCCGAACGUUACUGGCACCAGGCGAUCGAGCGCCAAGGAGCAUCACAGCCAUCGCAAGAGCAGCGCGUACGGUCACGGCGACGACUACUCUUCCUACAUCAUGGGCUACGACAUCAACGAGAGUGACGAGGAGAAGCUCAACAAACGGAAGUACAAAUAUCUGAAGCGAUGCUCGGACCCGGUCAUAGUGUUCCCGUCAACGAGCAGCGGAGCCGGAGCGGUCGGGAGCGGUGCCAUCGGUGGCAGUGGCCUCCAACAUUGCAUCCUAAGCCGUCCUCCGAAUCAACCACUUCAAUUCCCCUACGACGAAGACUUCAUGUAUGAUGUUUCACUGCAAAUUGAAUCCGAACGUCACGGGGAGCUGGAUUCAAUAGUGCCUGAGCAUAGGAGAAAGCAUAAACACAGACAUCAUCAUCAUCACCAUCGACACUGUAAGAAGAAAAGACACAAGAAGCGCAAAAUUCUGGUGCACGACCUCGACGACCAAAGCGUUAAGGUGAUAGAUCCGGACGAUCUGCCGCAACGUGCCAGAUGGACAAUCAUUGCGACCGCAUGCCUAUUACUGAUUAUGUGCCUACUAUUAGUUGGAAUCACACUGCGGAUGGCUCCCAUCAUUGACGACAUGGUGCGCCAAGAAAACGAACGUCUCAUGCGAGAGUCUCUCGAUAGGGCGAAGAUGAUUAAAAACUACACCGAGUACAACCGGAUGAUUGGCGGCGAUGAAAUUCCUUAACGAUUUAUCCUCGGUCCGAUAUGCAAUGUGCCCGCAUCCCGCAUGCCGAUCUGCUGCUCCCUGGUCCCACUAACUGCCAAGCUGCUUUGACUUCAUCCGUGGUGGGCGCUGCCAUGGCAUUGGCAUGACUCUGAACCACAACAUCACCCCAUCGCUCAAGACCUCCAGGAUACUCGUUGUGGGAAUUUGAACCGUCUGCGGCAAAGAAACAGAACCGGUGGACAUCGGAACGCACCUUGGGCUGUGCUCGGUUUGCCGGAAGCGGCAAAAUGUAAUGGAAUCAACAGGCCAACUUCACUUCACAUCCCCCGCGGACCAAUUUUAGGUUAGCAUGGUUGUAGCAAGCGUUACACCGACCUCACCGCACACUUAACGACCUCCGGAUGCACAAAAACAAAACGCCCAUACGGCUAAUGGACGGCAUGUCUCGUCAAGAGCGCCACGUCUGGGUAGAAACAUGCUUCAAAAUCCACAGUGACGGAGCAGUUCGUUCUUUUUUCUCUCUAUCUCCCUCUCUCUCUCUCUCUUACCAGCUAUUUUAGUACACGUCCAGCGUCUGCAUAUCAUCGUGACUAAUUUCAUACAACCCAUCACUCUCGGGCAGGUUAAAACUCGCUCGUCAAGAUAGGCAGGCAAAGGGUAGUAAAAAAGAAAAGAAAACGAUACAGUGUCGAAUACAGAUGCAUAGGCGGUUCUCUUCUGUUUACCCAACUCCAGCGACAAAAGCACGGCGUGGAAAGGAGUGAUGUUUGAGGGACGUUGUUGGGUCACGAUUACCGACACACCACGCCAGAGACCGAAACCAAAAAAAACACAUACACACACUCAAACACCUAAGAAAAGGUCCAAUUUCAUCCAUUCUGCGGGAGGAUGAGACAGUGCUGGUGGUGGAGGUGGUGUGGUGUUUCCACUCGCACCAACCACGUAAUGGUUCCCCGAAAUUUGUGCCGUGCAAAUAUAAUCACUUUCUGAUGGCGCUAGGAAUGGUUCCAGGGGUGGAAUAACGAGAAAACAAAAAGGGGGCAACAAGACCCUUCUCGCAAAAGCACAAUCAAUUUAGUAGCUGCAGACGGAUAGGAGCGCAAACACACAAAAAAGGGGAAAAGAACAAAAAACAGCUCAAACACAAAGAUUGGACGCACGCGCCCGUACACGCGAGCCCGGCAAGAAUUGUGACAAAAAUGGUGACGAUGCUUCUGGUUCUGGAUUAGUUUCGACACGCGUUCGGGAUGGUAAAAUGGCUUGUAGCUUUUCCGUAUGCUUGCCCUUUCGAGGGAUGAUGAAGCAAUUUGUUUGCAAGGCAGCGGGAAUUGUUUUAAGCUAUUUUGUGGCGUUCUGGCUCGGUUGCAAUUGAAUUAGUUUCAUUCUGCAAAUCACUGGGACGUUUCAAGUAUUUAAACGUCUUCAACUCAUGUAGCAUUACGGACUUUUUGGACUGUUCCUACUGAAGGAUAACUCACGUUUCCCAGACCCGACCGGUCCCGUGGUACAGUCGUCAGCUCGCAAGGUCUAACAACAUACAUGUCCAGUAAGGACCGUGCCACCCUAUACGUAGGACUGACUAUGGGUAAUCAAUAAGACACUGAUAACCAUAGCACUGACCCAACAGUGGUAGAGACAGAUCUUGAUCGACAACGGUGGUUGAGCCAAAGAAGAAGAAGAAGAAACUCAUUUUCAGAUAACCCAAAAUCAUUUAAAUUAACUUCAACUAAGAAUAGAGUUUUCAUGCGGAGAACCAUAGGGUUUUUGCAUAUUUUCUAUAUAUACUGAUUUGAUUACAUUAGGUGCAACAGUCAGAUAGGUUAUAUCAUCUAGCCUUAGCUCUACUAAGUUUGUUGGUCUGUGACUAUUUGAUUCACUUGAUCUAUUCGAGACUUGAUCGCAAGGAGGAGAUGCUGUUAAGCUAUGUAUUAGACAGCUGCAAAAACGGGUGCGCCAAAAAAUUGAAUUAAAAGGCUUGUGUGUUUAGGACGAACACUAAAAAUGUUCACUCACAUUCUUAGCUAGAGUUUCUCAUACAAUUUGAUUUUGAUUAGAAUGAAGCUCAGUUAAAACUGUGCAAGCUUUUCUAAGACACUUUCAAUUAUUUUUCUCUACACGAUUCCUUUUAAAAUACGUACAAAGAUAAAAACCAAUGCUCAGAUCAUACUAAAAGCAUCUGUAAUAAUGAAGCUCUCCAGCACGAUGAAACAUUUUCCUUUUUUUUUUAAUCAUAAGUCAGUGGUGAAAGAAAAAUUUCCCAACCUGUACAGUGCCGCCGGUCUGGUUGGGCCGGUCUGGUGGUACAGUCGUUAACUCGUACGACGUAACAACAUGCCCGUCAUGGGUUCAAGUCCCGAAUAGACCGUGCUCCCAUACGUAGGACUGACUAUCCUGCUAUGGUAACAAUAAGACACUGAAAGCCAAGCUCACUUCACUAGUGGGCACAGGCAGGCCUUGACCGACAGCGGUUGUUGUGCCAAAGAAGAAGAAGUACAGUGCCGCACGUAAAAUGCACAGUUGAGCUUAAUUCGAAUCCCUUUUUAUUUAUAAAUAUAUUUUGCGUACUUGCAUAACAGUGAGUUACUAAACCAAAACAAAAAAGGAAAAGGCAAAACGAAAAUGGAUAAUGCGACACUUUUCAACUCGAACCCGCGCAAAAGACGUAACAUUAAUCGACUCUCUCAAAACAGAGAAAAAAAAGAAACUACAACUCGCGCAAAACCGCGACCAAUGAUGAGAUAG